AUGGAAAUAGAAAAAACUCGCCUUAUAAAUUACUUUUUAGAAAUAUGCCCUACUGUUUUAGAUUGUUCUAGAACAGAAUUACAAUCAAUUUUAGCAAAAAAAGAAGAAGACAAAAUAAGAAGAUUUAUUGUAGAUAAAAAUAUAAAUUUGAUUGUUAUAGGAAAAGAAACAAAGGAAGUAAUAGAAAAUGAAGGAAUUGAUAAAAAUUCAAAAUUAGAAAAUGAACAAGGAGAAAAAAAAUUAAACUUGGAUAAAGAGCCAAGUAAUUUCUUAUUUGUAGAAUUAAGCAUAAAUUAUAAAUGUGUUACUAAAAGUGUAGCUAUUGCAUUUAUGAAAAGAAAUAAAGAAAAAUUUUCAACAUUAAAUGAAGAAUUGAAUAAAGGUAAUAAAAUAAAUUUUUCCCAUGAAUUAUUGAUGUUUGUCUGUGGACAAAAUGAUUGUAAUACUCCCUUAGAUUUAGUAUAUUUGUAUUUAUCUCAGGGUUUUAACACAAUAUUUGAUGCGGCUUCAAAUACUGCAAAUCACGUUUUUUCUAGUGACUUUCCUCAAAUUGGUUAUUCAAGAAAAGACGCAGAUGCAAUAGUCGGAACAAAUAAGGCUACUGGCUAUGAAGGAGAAAACAAGAUAUCUAAUAUUUUAAUGGCUAAUGUAUCAAAAAAAUUGAAUGAAUUACUAAUAUCUAUGAAAAAUGCACAAAUUGAUCUAAAUAUUCCCAUAAUAAAUUUAAGUGUUGAUAAAAGGAUAAAAAAAAUAGUAAGCGAAAAUCCCAAUAUAGAUGAAAUUAAGCCAGAGAUAUUAAAAGGAUUAUGCGAAUCUCAAGAAUUUUUGAACCAAUUGCAAAAGGAUGUAACAAAAUGGGUUGAAGAAAUACAAAAGCUAACAAGAUUAAAUGGAGAUUUUAAAAGUGGAAGCGCUUUGGCUGAAAUAAAUUUUUGGAUAGGCUACGAAAAUGCUUUAUCUCAUCUUGAAAAUCAAUUAAAAAAUCCUGAAGUUCUUCUAACAUUACAAAUAUUAAAAAAUGCGAAAAGAUAUUUUGCAACAAUGUCUUUUGAUAGUGAUAUACAGCUAAAACAAUCGAAAGAAUAUGUUUUAAAUGUUAACAUAUUAAUGAAAGAUUUUCCUAUAAAUGAUCUUCUAAGCGCAACAAGUGUUCAACAAAUUAUUCAAGCUAUAAGAAAUAUCUUUAAUCAUUUAAAAAAAUUAAAAAACACAACAAAAUAUCCGCUAUCUAGAUCCUAUACUUUUGUUGAAGCAUUGUCUAGAGACUUAGCUAAUACUAUGAGAAAGGUAUUAUCACCUCAGCCUUUGCUAGCCAUGGAUUACCAAGAAUUUGAGGUUCUCAUUUCAGGAUGCAUGGAAGCAUUUCGUGUAUGGAAUGAAGAAAUGAGAAUAUUCAAAGAUAUGGUAAGAGAAUUAAUAAAAAAGAGAAGUUUUAAUGAAAGAGCCCCUGCAAAGAUGGUGUUUGAGCAUAGUUAUCUUCAAGAAAGAUUAGAUGAAAUAAGAAAAUUCAGAAAGCAGCAUCAAAAGUUUAAAAGUGUUAUAACAAAAGUAUUUGGAAAUGAUAGAAUUAUAGGAAUAAAUUUAAAUAAGGAUAUAAAUUUAGCUUAUAGUAUAUUUUUAUCAUUAGAUGCUCUUGAUUUAUCUAAAACAGGAGAAGGCUUAUGGGAAAAAGCGAAAAUGUCUUAUGAAUCAAAAAUUAAUAGGGUAGAAUCGCAAAUUACAUUUAAACUAAGGGAUCAAUUAGGAGGAGCAAAAACAUCUUCGGAAAUGUUUAAUGCAUUUUCUAAAUUUAAUCCUCUGUUCUUUAGGCCUAAAAUUAGUGGAGCUAUUCAGGAAUAUCAAAAUACAUUGAUACAAAUUGUUGUGGAUGAUUUAAGAAAAUUACAAAUGAUAUACAUCAAUGGCUAUGUGAAAAGUGAUUCAGAAAAGGUGUCUACUAUACGUGAUAUUCCUUUAGUAGCUGGAUCCAUAAUAUGGGCUAAACAAAUUGAAAGAAAAUUAGAAAAUUCCUUAAAAAGAAUCGAAAAUAUUUUAGGAAGGGGAUGGGAGCAACACUCUGAAGGUAAAAACCUACGCCAAAAUAUUGAUAACUUUAAAAAUUUAUUGUCACAGAAUAAAACUUUUGAAAAAUGGCUAAAAAAUAUUAAGAAUGAGGAUAAAUUUGAUAUGUACGAAAAAAUUAUAAAAAUAAGAAAGCUUGGUGCAAAGAAUUAUGAAAUUUUAGCAAAUUAUGAUCCUGAAUUUUUUAAUUUAUUUAAGGAAGUUCGAUAUUUGCAGUCCAUUAAUUUAAGAGUCCCUUAUUCUAUAAAGGUAAAAUCAGAUGAAACAAAGUUAAUAUAUCCAUAUGCAUUAACUCUACAAAAAACAUUUAGAACCUAUAUGAAAAUUUGUCUUUUUAUGGAAAAUGAGGCAAAGUCAGUACCUUUUAAUUCUACUAUAAGUAAAUUAGUAGCAUCUAUACAUAGUGACGUACAAAAUAAGAUAAAAGAAGGAAUAAAUUUACAUUGGGAUUCAGAUAUAUUAGAAACAUAUGUAAGAAAAUUAUCAGAGAUAAUAAAUACUUUUGAGUUCAUGGUUGAUGAAGCAGCCAAUAAAAAUUAUUUUGUUUUAGAUAUUCUUGAGAAAUUAAAAACAUGUGAAAUAACAAAUGAUGGUAAAGAAAUUAGGAGACUUAUAGAAUGCAUUCAAGAAAAAGCAGAUGAAUUGUAUCUGGAGCAUUAUAAAAAUGUUCACAUCUGGAUUGACGAACUUAACAUACUUUUAAAUAAAAUUUUAGCAAAAAGACUUGAAGAAAUUAUAAAAUCAUGGACCAAUGAAUUUAUAAACUGGCCUAUUAAUGGAAAGAAAUUUAUAGAAAAAGAAACUAUUUAUGAAUUUAAAAUCAAAAAUCAAAAAUUUAAUCUAUAUCCUUCUAUUGAUUCUAUAAGACAAAUAUGGUAUUACAAGUUAUCCGAGGCUAUAAAUAUAAUUUGUGGAAUAACAAGAGUUAAAAGUAUAUUUCAAAAGAAAGAUAAAACAAAAGAAAUUAUACAAAUAAAAAUUGAAGAUGGGAGAAAUAUUAUUAAUGAUGUUAUAUUAGACAAUACCUACAGGCAUAUCAUAUAUUUUAUAGAUAAAAAAAUAUAUGAUAAUGCAGUAAGAGCUAUUAAUGAUACUGUAGAAAAAGCAAGUAAAUACGAAUCUAUAUGGUUGCAAUAUAAAUCCUUAUGGAAAAUUGAAAUUGAUGAUAUUAUAACAAGUUUUGGUGAAGAUAUACAAACAUGGAAGAAUUUUAUGAAUGAAAUUAAGCAAACAGAAACUACAUUUGACACUUUAGACACUGAAAAAUAUUUUGGCCCAAUUGUCAUAGAUUAUAGAAUACUUCAAUCAAAAGUUAGUUCUAAAUUUGAAAUUUGGCAAAAGGAAAUUGUUUCUGAAUUUUCUAAAAAGUUAUUAGAAAAAUCAUUACACCUAAAGGAAGAAAUUGAAAAUGCUUUGAACGAUUUAAAUCUGCAAGCAACAUUAACAAAUGAAUCUGAAAUAACAGCUAUUCACCUUUUAUCUAUGACUCCAAAAGAUAUUAUUGGAAUAAUAAAUUCCUAUGAUAUGGAUGUAUUAUCCAAAACAUGCAACAGUAUAUAUAAUUUCAUGAAAAAAAUAAAUGAAAUAGAUGCAAAAGAAUCAGAAUGGGAAAAUAAAUGCGAUAUAUUAAAACAAAGUGAAGUUUUACUAGAAAAACAAAGGUAUGUUUUUCCAAGCAACUGGUUAUAUAUUGAUAAUAUAAUAGGAAAAUUAGAAACAGUUAAACAAAUUUUAAGCUAUCAAAUAAAAUUAGUAAAAGAUUAUUUUCCUUAUCUACAAAGUCUUAUUUUAGAAUUUGAUGCUAAAGUACAAAAUAACAUAAAAUUGUUAUUUGAAGAAUGGAGUAAAAGUAAACCUUCUCAUGGAAAUGCUAAUAGCACAAAAGCUUUGCAAAUAAUAAAUACCUUUGAAAGUAAAAUUGGUAUUAUUAAUAAACAAUAUGAAAUAUCAGAAAAAACAAAAAUUUUAAUGAAAAUAUCUAAUGAUGAAUCUGAAGUUUCAUUUCAUGUUUCUCCAGAUGUUUUAAAAGAAGAAAUUAUUUGUGUUAAGGGCAUAUGGGAUGAAUUAAAAAUUAUUUAUUCUAGUAUAUCUGAUAUGAAAAAAACAUUAUGGUCCAAUGUAGAACCAAAAAAUAUUAAAAAUACCUUAAACAAUCUACUAGAUUCCAUUAAAAAAAUACCAGCUAAAUAUCGCCAAUAUGAAAUAUUUGAUAAUGUUCAAAGUGAAAUACAACAAUAUUUAAAAACAUAUUUUUUGUUAGUAGAGUUGAAAUCAGAAUCUUUAAAAGAAAGGCAUUGGAGAUCAAUACUACAGAAAUUUCAAAUUAAAAUAUACUAUAAUAAAUUGACCUUAGGAGAUUUAUGGUCUCUUAAUUUAAAUGCUCAUGAAAAUAUCUUAAGAGAAAUAUUAAAUCAAUCCCAAGGAGAAAUGGCACUAGAAGAAUUUUUAAGAGGAUUGAAAGAUACUUGGAAUGAAUACGAACUAGAAUUAGUUCAAUAUCAAAAUAAAUGUAAAUUAAUAAAAGGUUGGAAUGAUAUUUUUUCUACUAUUGACGACCAUCUGAAUGCUUUACAGUCAAUGAAAAUAUCUUCUUAUGUAAAAAUAUUUGAAGAAGAAACAUUGACGUGGGAUGAUAAAUUAAAUAGGUUACGUAAUUUAUUAGAUGUAUGGAUGAAUGUACAAAGAAAAUGGGUAUACCUUGAAGGGGUAUUAAAAGGUUCUUCAGAUAUAAAAUCCUUAUUGCCUCAAGAAUAUAAUAGAUUCAAAAUAAUUGACAAAGAUUAUAUUAAUAUUAUGAAGAAAACAUCAGAAAAGCCUAAAUUAUUGGAACUUUUUCAAAUAGAUGGAUUCCAAAAACAGUUAGAUCGCUUAUCUGAUUCAUUAUCAAAAAUCCAGAAAGCUCUUGGUGAAUAUUUAGAAAAACAAAGAAGCCAAUUUCCAAGAUUUUAUUUUGUUGGAGAUGAAGAUUUAUUAGAAAUGAUUGGUAAUUCUAAAGAUGCUAAAGUAAUACAAAGAAAUGUGAACAAAAUGUUUGCAGGAAUCAAUUCAUUUAUAAUAAAAGAAAAUACAAAUGAUAUAAUAUUAGGAAUGUCUUCAAGAGAAGGAGAAGAAGUAUAUUUUAAAGAACCAAUCAAUAUAAGUUCCUUUAAAACUUUAAAGGAAUGGUUAAUAACUUUAGAAGCAUAUAUGAAAAUUACAUUGCAAAAUUAUUUAGAUCAAGCAAUGAAGGAAAUUUUUGAAAUGAAUAUGGAGGAAUGCACUGAAAUUGGAAAUGAUAAUAUUUUGGAAUGGUUAAUAAAAUAUCCAAAUCAAAUAGUUUUAUUAUGUUUACAAAUAUUAUGGACAUCAAAUAUUGAAAACGAAAUAGAGAAUUCUUCCAUAGAAAAUUUUAAUCAAAACCUACUUUCAAAUAGUGAAAAAAUUUGUAUAAGUCUUUUAGAAUUUUUAGCUGUAAAUGUCGUUAAGCAGAGAGAUCACAGAACAAGGCAGAAAAUUGUUCAAAUGAUUACAGAGCUAGUGCAUCAAAGAGAUGUAAUACGUAUAUUAAUAGAAAGAAAUGUUAGAAAUAUUAAUGAUUUUUCCUGGUUGCAAUUUAUGAGAUUUUAUUGGGAUCCUAAAAAAACAGAUAGUGAUGUUAAUUUGAUUAUAAAAAUGGCCGAUGCAACUUUUGAAUAUGGAUAUGAGUAUUUAGGUAUGUGCGAAAAGUUAGUACAAACUCAAUUAACAGAUGCUUGUUUUCUCACGUUAACACAAGCAUUAAAGAUGAAAUUAGGUGGUAAUCCUUUUGGACCUGCAGGAACAGGUAAAACUGAGAGUGUUAAGGCUUUAGGUGCACAAUUAGGAAGAUAUGUACUAGUUUUUAAUUGUGAUGAGUCAUUUGAUUUUACUGCUAUGGGUAGAAUAUUUGUUGGUUUGUGCCAAGUUGGUGCUUGGGGAUGUUUUGAUGAGUUUAAUAGAUUAGAAGAGAGGAUUUUAUCUGCUGUAUCCGAGCAAAUCUUAGCAAUUCAAACAAGUUUGGCUCAAAGAAAAAAUGAAAUUGAACUUUUAAAUAAAAAAAUAGAAUUAAAUAAAAAUGUGGGUAUAUUUGUAACUAUGAAUCCAGGAUAUGCUGGAAGGUCUAAUUUACCUGAUAACCUAAAACAAUUAUUUAGAAGUUUUGCUAUGAUAGAACCAAAUAAGCAAUUAAUUGUUCAAGUAACUUUAUUUUCUCAGGGUUUUAUUAGUGCUGAGCAAUUAUCAAGUAAAAUUGUAUCUUUAUUUGAUUUAUGCUCUGAGCAGUUAUCUAAACAACCUCAUUAUGAUUUUGGAUUGAGAUCCUUAAAGAGUGUUUUGAAUUCAGCUGGUAAUUUAAAAAGACUAGCAUUAUUAGAAAGUGCAAAUAAAACUAGUGAAAACAAUAAUGAUAAUAAUAACAAUGAUAAAAAAUUGAGUAAUUCUAUUGAAAGCACGAUUGCAAUGGAACAAACUUUAUUAUUGAAAUCUGUAUGUGACACAGUCUAUCCAAAAUUAGUUUCUAGUGAUAUACUCUUAAUAAAAAAUUUACUAACAGGUGUGUUUCCUAAUGCCAAUAUAACAGCAUUUGAAGAGAAGGCCUUAAUUAAUGAGAUAUAUCGUAUGUGUAAAUUAAGAUAUUACACACCUGAAGAAAAAUGGAUUACUAAGAUUUGUCAAAUUUAUCAAAUAAUGAAGCUACAACACGGGGUAAUGUUGGUUGGUGAUGUAGGAACAGGGAAAAGUAGUGCAUGGAAAAUACUUCUGGAUUCAUUAGAAGCAUUAGAUAACAUCAAAGGAUUAAGUUAUGUUAUUGAUGCAAAAUCUUUAGAUAAAGAAGAAAUAUAUGGAAGAUUAGAUAACAUUAAUUUAGAAUGGACAGAUGGUGUUUUUACAGCUAUUUUGAGAAAAAUUCUUUACAACUCUACACAAUCAGGGAAUUCACCCAAGAGACACUGGAUUGUUUUUGAUGGAGAUGUAGAUCCAGAAUGGGCAGAAAACUUAAAUAGUGUUCUAGAUGAUAACAAAUUAUUAACUUUACCAAAUGGAGAACGUUUACCUAUACCUGAAAGUGUUAGAAUAUUGUUUGAAGUAGAUACUUUAAAGCAUGCAACUUUGGCUACCGUUAGUAGAUGUGGAAUGAUAUGGUUUUCUAGAGAUGUUCUAUCUCCUACAGUACUUUUCAGACACAGAUUGCAUAAACUAAAAUAUGGUGAUAAUGAUUAUCCCCUUAAAAUGGAUAAUUUCAAGGCUUUUAUUAUGAAUAACAAUGAAAAUAUAGGGAAUGAAAGUACGCGCAUGAAUGAUUCAACAGUCCCCGAAAAUUCUAAAAGCUUCGAAAAUAGUAGUGAAGAUAAAACAAAAGAAAAUCUCAUGGAUAAUCUAAGAAUAAAUUCUAGAAUUUUCUUUGACGAAAAUGAAGAAGACUUAAACUCAUAUAAAGUAAAAACUAUUGCAUAUAGAGCUAUUGAUCUUAUUAGUGAUUACUUUGAAGAAAAUGAAUUUGUUCAUCAAUGCCUUCUUGGUGCGAAAAAAUUUGAGCAUGUAAUGGACUAUGAAUAUAUAAGGGUUAUUGAGAGCACGUGUUCAUUAUUACAAAAAGGAAUUGAUAAUUUAGUUCAUAAAAAUGAAAAAUUAAACGACACUCUAACGGAUGGUGAAAUAGAAAAAUACAUGUCAAAAUGGCUAGUUGUUAGCAUAUUAUGGGGAAUAGGUGGUUCUUUAAAUCUUGAAUCAAGAGAAAAAUUUUCACAUUUUGUUCAAUCAAUUUGCUCUAUACCUUUACCUCCUGAUUUAUUGUCUAACGAUGAUAUGUUUGAUAUGGAUUCUUCAAAGAUAUUCAAAACGUUGUUAGAUUACGAACCUAAUAUUGAAGAUGGAGAAUGGCAUAGUUGGAAAGAACGUGUGGAAAUAAUUGAUGUAGACAGAACAGAAAUAUCUGAUGCAACCCUUGUUAUUGAAACAAUGGAUACAAUAAGACAUGCAACUGUUUUAGAAGGGUGGUUAAAUUUAAAAAAGCCAUUCAUUUUAUGUGGACCACCAGGAUCUGGAAAAACUAUGACAUUAACUUCAGUGUUAAAAAAAUCAUCUGAAUUUGACAUAGCAGCAUUAAAUUUCUCUUCAGGAUCAUUACCUAAUUUAUUGUUGCAAACAUUUGAUCAUUAUUGUGAAUAUGUUAAAACAACAAGUGAGUUAGUUUUACGACCUUCGCAACCAGGAAAAUGGUUAAUUGUAUUUGCUGACGAAAUUAAUUUACCUACUCCAGAUAAAUAUGGCACACAAAGAAUUAUUAUGUUUAUGAGACAAUUAUACGAAUCCCAAGGAUUCUGGAAAUAUGAAGCUAGUAAUAAUCAAUGGAAUUGGGUUAAAAUAGAAAGGAUAACUUUUGCUGGAGCUUGUAAUCCUCCAACUGAUGCAGGUAGAAAUCCUUUAAGCAAUCGCUUUUUAAGACAUACACCAGUGCUAUAUGUAGAUUUUCCGGGGUAUGAAUCUUUAAAGCAAAUAUAUGGAACAUUUAAUAGAGCUAUUCUUCGUAAAUUUCCUGAAUCAUCACAUAUGGCCAAUAAUUUAACUCUUGCUAUGGUUGACUUUUAUACUAAAUUUUCCGAAACCUUUACAAUUGAUAUGCAACCUCAUUAUAUUUAUAGCCCUAGGGAAUUGACCAGAUGGAAAUUGUCAUUGUAUGAAACUUUAGAAUAUUAUAAUGAAUUAUCAAAAAGGGACUUAAUAAGAUUGUGUAUUUGUGAAGGAUUACGAAUAUUUCAAGAUAGACUUAUUUAUAAAAAAGAAAAAAAGCAAACAGAUAAAAUGAUCAAUGAUAUAUUUAAAUACAGUUUUCCUGAUAUUACAGAUAAUGAUUUACAGAGACCAAUUUUAUUUAGUUGCUAUAUGCAAAAUCAGUAUACGGAAAUAGAUAAAAAAAAUUUAAAAGAAUUAAUACAAGGAAAAUUAAAAAUUUUUAAUGAAGAAGAAAUAAAUGUUCAAUUAGUUCUGUUUGAUGAAGUUUUAGAUCAUAUUACAAGAAUUGAUAGAGUUUUAAGAUUACCAUUGGGGCAUUUACUAUUAGUUGGAGCAUCUGGAGCAGGAAAAACUAUAUUAUCAAGAUUUGUUUCGUGGAUAAAUGGGUUAUCCGUUUUUCAAAUUCGUGCAGGAAGAAACUAUUCUACAGAAUCUUUUGAAGCAGAUUUGAGGCAUAUUAUGAAACGAGCUGGAAUUAAAGAGGAGAAAAUAACAUUUAUAUUUGAUGAAUCAAAUGUUUUAGGUCCUGCAUUUUUAGAAAGAAUGAAUGCUUUAUUAGCAAGCGGAGAAGUUCCCGGUUUAUUUGAGGGAGAUAAUUAUAUGGCUUUAAUAAAUGAAUGCAAAGCUGCUUAUGGAUCAAAAGUAGGAUUAGAUGAAUCAGAUAUAUUCAAAAAAUUUACAAAGCAAGUUCAGCAAAAUUUGCAUAUUGUUUUUACUAUGAAUCCCGCAAAUCCAGAUUUUUCAAAUAGACAAGCUACAUCCCCUGCUUUAUUCAAUAGGUGUGUUAUAGACUGGUUUGGUGAUUGGCCAUACAGCGCUUUAUUGCAAGUUGCUAGUGAGUUUAUUUUAAAUCUUGAUUUGCCAGAUAAAGCUUUUUAUAUGGAAUAUAUAGAGGAUGUUCAUAUAAAAGGAAAAAUACAAUAUAAGGAUAAUAAAUCUUAUUUUUUAUCAAAAGCUAUAGUCGAAAUUCAUAAUUCUGUUGGAAAAAUUAAUAAUAUUCUUAUGAAAAAGGGAAACAAAUACAAUUAUAUGACACCAAGAGAUUUUCUUGAUUUUAUUAAACAUUUUUUGAAAAUAAUAGAUGAAAAAAAGGAAGAAGUUACUGAUCAGAAAAAGCACUUGAAUUCUGGUUUAAAUAAAUUAAAAGAUACAGAAGUGCAGGUUGCUGAAUUAAGAAAUUCUUUGGCUAUCAAACAAAAAACUCUUUCUGAAAAAGAUUUUGAAGCAGAAGAAAAAAUGAAGUUAAUGAUAGAACAACAAGCAGAGACAGAAGACAAAAAAAAAAAAGCUGAGAUACUAGCAAAAAAAUUAGAUGAGCAAUUUAUAAUAAUUGAACAAAGAAAAGAGGUAGUAAGAAAGGAAUUAAGUGAAGUAGAGCCCAAAUUUAGAGAAGCAGAAGAAGCUGUUAAAAAUAUUCCAAAGAAAAAUUUUGACGAAUUAAGAGCUAUGGCAAAUCCUCCAAUUUUAGUAAGAAAUGCUAUAGAAGCUGUUGCUAUAUUAAUUAUAAAUGAAGGUGACAAAAGUGUUACAUGGGAAGAUGCUAGAAAAAUUAUGAAAGGUCAAGAUUUUAUAAAUAAAGUUUUAUAUUUAGAUAAAAAAACCGUAAAACCUCAAACGAGUGCACAAAUUAAAAAAAGAAUAAGUAAUAGUGAUUGGGAUGUUGAAAGAAUAAAUAAAGCAUCAAGAGCAGCUGGGCCAUUAGCUAAAUGGGUUGAAUCUGUUAUUACAUUCUUAAAUAUUUUAGAAACAGUGCAACCAUUAGAAAAUGAAAUUGAGAAAUUGCAAGAAGAAACAAGAGUUGCAGAAGACCAAUAUAUUGAGCAAAAGGAAAUAAUUGCGGAGUUAGAAAAGAAAUUAUUACAAUACAAAAAUGAUUAUGCUCAACUAAUUAGUCAAGUACAAAGUAUAAAACAAGAAAUGGAAAAAGUAGAAAAUAAAAUAAAAAGAUCUAUUAACUUAAUUGAAAAUCUAAAAUCAGAAAAAGAAAGAUGGUCAGAAACAUUUAUUAAUUUAGAAGAAGCCUCAGAAACGUUUAUUGGGGAUUGUCUAAUAGCAGCAGCAUUUUGCGCUUAUAUAGGUUUUUUUGAACAUUAUGAAAGACAAAAAUUGAAAAAAACAUGGGGAGAAAUUAUAAAAUUGCAUCAUAUAAAACAUAGAUAUGAUUUGUCAUUUAUUGAAUUUUUAUCGAGACCAUCAGAAAGAUUGCAAUGGAUAGCACAUCAAUUACCAAGUGACGAUUUAUCAAUGGAAAAUGCUAUUAUUAUAAAUCGUUAUAUAAGGUACCCAAUGAUUAUUGAUCCAUCAGAUCAAGCUACCAAUUUUUUGCUUAAUCAAUAUGCAGACAAAAAAAUAUUAAAGACAUCUUUUUCUGAUAAAAACUUUAUAAAAAAUUUAGAAAGCGCUUUGAGAUUUGGUUCUACAUUAUUAGUUUAUGAUGUGGAAAAAAUUGAUGCUAUUUUAAAUUCAGUUUUAAAUAAAGAAACCCACAAACAAGGAGGUAGGUUAUUAAUUACUAUAGGAGAUUCAGAAAUAGACUUUUCUCCUUCAUUUAAUUUAUUUUUAACAUCAAGAGAUGCUCAUUUUCAAUUUACCCCUGAUCUAUGUAGUCGAGUGACAUUUGUAAAUUUCACCUUAACUCCGUCUUCUCUUCAAAAUCAAUGUCUAAAUAUGAUACUAAAAAAUGAACGUCCUGAUAUAGAUAAAAAAAGAUGUGAUUUGUUAAAAUUACAAGGUGAAUAUAAAGUAAAAAUAAGAGAGUUAGAAGAAUCAUUAUUAUUAGAAUUGUCUAACGUUAAAGGGAAUAUUUUGGAUGAUGAUAAUGUUAUAACUACUAUGGAAAAAUUAAAAGUGCAAGCUGCUGAAGCAUCUAAAGAGGUAAGCAUAGCAGAAGAGGUUAUGGCAGAAAUUGAAAAUGUCAGUAAUCAAUAUUUAGCAUUAGCCCAAGGAUCUGCUAGAAUUUAUUUUGUCUUGCAACAUUUAUGUAAUAUUAAUUUCCUGUAUCAAUAUGACUUAAAUUUUUUUUUUAAUAUAAUGAAGGAUAUGCUAAAUAACAAAAAUUUAUUAUCAAAGGUAAAAAAAAAUGAUUAUAAAGAAAGACUAAAAAUUUUAGAGAAUUUACUGUUUUCUUUGACAUAUGAUCGCGUUGCUAGAGGUUUGUUACAAGAGGAUAGAUAUGUUUUGGGACUUCAGUUGUGUUUUAUAAAAAGUAUAAUAGAUCCCAAUAUAAAUAUAGAUCAAAACCAUCUCCACUCUUUAUUAAAAGAUCAUUAUUCUAAUCACCAAAUAGACGAUGUAAAAGAGAAAAAAAUUGAAAGGAGCUUGUUACCAGAAUAUAGUGAUGAGAAAAUAAAUAUUUUAAAUAAUUUAAUAAAACACAAGUCAUUUUACAAUUUAAAAAAAUGCAUUGAAAAUAGUAAAGAUAAAUGGAUAAAUUUAUUGCAUUCCACUGAGCCAGAGAAUUUAAUUUCAUCCAUUAUUAAUUAUAAAAACUUAAAUAUGAAUAAUAAAAAUGAUCCAGGAGUGGAAUUAUUAAGUAAAGAUCGCAAUAUCAAUUUUGUAACAAAUUUAGAGAAUAAUGAUAAUAGUUUAUUUGAUAAUAAAAAUACAAGAGAAGAAAAUAAUAUUUCUGAAUGUUUAAAAGAAUCUUUAAUUAUAAAGGCAAUUAGACCAGAUAAAUUGGAUAAAUGUUUUAACAAAAUUAUAAAUAUCAUUUUAGGGAAAGAUUUUUUAUGGCUACCUGAAUUGUCUACAAAUGAUUUUGAAAAGUAUGUGAAAGAAAAUACAAAUGGAAACACACCAAUUGUUCUAAUAAGUUCACCUGGCUUUGAUCCCAGUAAUAAAGUUCAGCAGCUAAGUGAAAAAUGCAGCAUGCUACUAUCUUCUAUUGCUAUGGGAUCUGAAGAAGGAUAUAUUUCAGCUGAAAAAAUUAUAUCAUCAGCCCAAAAAAACGGUGGAUGGGUUUUAUUAAAAAAUGUACAUUUAUCUCCUAAAUGGUUACAACAAUUAGAAAAAAAUAUUCAUAAAGCUACUACAAAUCCUAAUUUUCGUUUAUUUUUAACUAUGGAAAUAAAUCCUAAAGUUCCUCAAAAUUUAAUGCGUAUAUCAUUAACUUUUAUGUUUGAACCUCCAGUAGGCAUUAAAUCAUCAAUACUAAGAACUUUCUCUUUAUUUUUGGAAAAUCGUGAUCUAGGUGAUCCAAAAAUAGCGAGGUUACGAGUAUACUUUAUUGUUUCAUUUUUACAUGCAAUAAUUUUAGAAAGAAGAAGAUAUACUCCUAUUGGUUGGACAAAGAAAUAUGAAUUUAGCGAUUCGGAUUUAAUGUGUGCUUUAACUGUUGUCGAUAGCUGGAUAGAUAAGUCAGCAACUAAAAUAGGAAAUAAUUUCAGUGAGCAUAUAGAUCCUUCUAAUAUUCCUUGGGAUGCUAUAAAAAAAUUGUUAAAUGAAGCAGUAUACGGUGGUAGACUAGAUAAUAUUGUUGAUGCAAAAAUAUUAGAUACUUUUAUUGAUCAUUUGAUGAAUCCUAAUUCAUUCGAAGCUGACUUUAAAUUAAAUAUUUGUAAUGGUUCGUCUAACAAAGAUUUUUUAACAUCUCCAGAUUUAUUCAGAAAUUUAAACGAUUAUAUAAAAUGGACAAACAAUAUGAGUAGUACUGAUUCACCUGCAUGGUUAGGUUUGGGGCAACAAGCAGAGGGAUUACUAACAACAAGAUCUAAUUUGAGUAUCAUAAGCAAAUGGAAUAUAUUAUAUAGUAAAAGUUGCUCUGAUAUUUAUGAGCCUUUACCACAUACUCCCUUGACGAAAUCAAUAGAUGAAGAAAAUAACAUAAGUAUGGAAUUACACAUAAAAGCAAAAAAAAAAAAGAACAAAGAAAAUGAAGAGGACGAGUUAUCUUCCGAUGAAAUUGAAGAGACAGAAAGUGAAUUAUCAGAAUACUCAAGUAUAAGUAGAUCUAUACACAUUCAUUCACAGAAUGAAAAUAUUUUAUUAAUUAAUCAAAUAUUGGAGUGUUUGCCAGAAUGUAUACCUGAUCUACAAAAAAGUGAAGAAAAUAUGAGUAAUGCUGUUUUCAGAUGUUUUGAGAGAGAAAAUAAUUUAUUCAAUAAGUUAUUGAAAGUAAUAAAAUUAAAUUUAAAUCAAUUAAAAAAUGUUUUACAGGAAAAAUUAAAAUAUACGAAUAAAUUAAGGGCAUUAGCUAAAGAUUUAAGUUCAUUUAAUGUUCCAUCAAGCUGGCUAUUUGAUGGAGUAACAACGAAUUUGAAUUUAACAAAUUGGAUAAAAGAUCUAAUUAACCGUUUAUAUCAGAUAAUAGCAAUAACGAUAGAGAUUAAUGGGAAAAAAUGCAUUAAUACAUUAGAUAUAAAUAUUCUUCAAGAAAAAGGCAUGGAUAUGAGCAAGAAGAAUAAUGACAUAAAUCUAGAGUCGUUUCGUAGGAAAAAUAAUGAUGCUAUAUCAUCUCAUUUCAAAUUAGAUAAAAAAUUAUCAAUUAAUUUUAUUUGGUUGGGGGGUCUAUUUUACCCAAGAGCAUUUAUUACAGCAACUAGGCAAUUAGCUGCUUUUAAAUUUAAAAGUUCUUUAGAUGACUUAGAUUUAUCAGUAAUAAUUGGAAAUAAAACUAACAUAGAAUUAGAUAGUAUGAUUCAUUUUACCAUAACAUGCUUAUCAAUAGAGGGUGCUGAGUGGAAUGAUAAAGACAAUUGUUUAGUUUUAAGUGAUGAAUUAAUUAUUGAUCUACCUCCUGUUACGUUAACUUGGGAAAGGACAGAAUCUCUAGUUAAAAAAGUAAAGGAAAGUUCAAAUUUAAGUUUUAUGAAUUUACCAAUUUAUUUAGAUAAAUCAAGAAACUCAUUUAUUGGUUUUUGGAAGUUUCCUGUAUCAAAAGGGUUUUCUGAACAAAAUUGGUAUCAAAGAGGAGUUGCCAUAUUUUUAUCUAAAACUUACUAA